GUCACAUCCAGUCACAUUGUAAAUUUUUCAUUAGCUCGUUGAUUUUCAUUGAGAAUAUUUUUCAUUCACAAGGGAUUUAGAUAAUACGGAAACGUGGUGAACAUCUGUUUAAUAUUUACAAAGGUUUGACAGAUCAUAGAUUUUGAAGCGAGUUCUCAAAAAACAAGGAAGCACAAGAGAGAACGAAAAAUUUAUAGGAUAUCGUGAAAAUAUUAAUAAAUUUUUGUUGAUUCACAUUGAUAGAUUACGCUCGCGUUUAAAUGUCUACGCGGUACAUGAAAAAGGUGUAUGGAGGUGAUGUAGGCCUUGAGAAUAAUAAUGAAAAUUUGAGUGAUACAGAAAUUCCAAUAACUGGUGUCAAGCCUAAACAGUUCAAUGUCUUUGAUUUACUCAAUCAAAAUUCAGAGAAUGAAGCUAAGGAUGAUGACGAUGAAGGGGAGUCAGAGAACCCAGUUAUUGAUACUACAGUCUCAGAAGUCAGUAAACGGAAGAAGAAGAAGAAGAAGAAGCAUAAGAAACUUGAUAGCUCAAGAGUUCAGCAGAGCUCACGGCGUAGUUCGGAGAACAAUGAGGAGGUAGAUGAAAUUGAAAGAACUGUUAGGGAAGUAAACAAACUUCUAGGAGAGCCAACACCAGGCUGUAGUCAAGACAUUGUAGUGAAUGAAUUAGCAAUGGUACCAAAAGCCAAAGAAAAUACUCUUACCAUUCAGCAUAAACAUUUAAAUACUUUCAAUGAGCUCAAACGAAUAUUUGGAACCAAGACGAUUCAGGCUGAGCAAAGUAAAAGAAGAGACAGGGACAGAGUUGGACAUUUGAAAAAAACAUGGUUAAUCUCCGCACGACAUAAUUGGCCUCCUAUUGGAAAAUCAGGCAUUUCAAUGAGCAUUGAUCAGUCGAUUGAGUACAAAGGCAAUGUUCAAUAUUUUGUGUUUGAGCAUAAUUCAACAUAUAUACAUAUUCAGAAGAAGUUUCUUCAAGUUGUGGAAAGCAUGGAUCCACAGAAUAUCAUUAAAAUAGUAAAUGCACAUCCCUACCACGUAGAUGGGUUAUUGCAAUUGUCUGAACUCUGUAAGAUGAGCGAAGACUUGGCAAUGGCGGCCGAACUUGUUGAGCGAGCUUUGUAUUCCUUGGAGUGUGCGUUUCAUCCGCUAUUUAACAUCACAACUGCAACUUGCAGACUUGAUUACAAAAAGCAACAGAAUCGUGCAUUUUUCAUAACAUUAUUCAAGCACCUUCUUUUCGUUGGUGGACGAGCAUGUUACAGGACUAGCUUAGAACUUUGUAAGCUGUUGUUAUCACUGGACCCCGAGGGUGAUCCAUUGGCUAUCAUCCUGGCUCUAGAUCUCUAUGCUCUGAGAGGAAGGGAAUACACGUGGUUUGUAGAAUUCUGUGAAACAUGGGAAAGCACCAGAAAUCUUACACAGCUACCAAACAUGGCAUAUGGAUUGGCUUUGUGCCAUUUCCACUUAGGAAACAAAGAAGCUGCAGAAGAACUUCUGCAAAAUGCUUUAAUUAUGUUCCCCGGAGUUCUGAUUCCAUUGCUUGACAAAUGUAGUGUCCAAACCGAUUCAAGGGUACUAGGCCAUGACUUCUUUAACAGCAAAGCUGCGGCAACAACGCCACCAGCUUUGGAGAAGCUUCAAACUCUCUAUGUGUAUCGCAGCUACCACUUGUGGAAGGAAACUGAUAUUUUGUCAUGGUUGGAGGCUCAGGUUCAUAUUGUCUUAAAUCGUGUCGAUUCUGAAGAUGAUUAUGUUAAAUACUGUACGGCUAAACGUAGCAAGCGUUAUCAAGGAAAAUUACCGAUGAAUAUCGCAAGACAUAUUAUAUUAUCCGAUAUAAAGGAAGUCACUUUUAAUGUCCAAGAGAUGCAGAACGGGGGUUCCAUAUUAUCUCAUGAUCCAUUACCACCAACUGAUUCGAUUGAUCUUUAUUCACGCCCUACACCUCCGCCAAGAACGAAUCAUAAUAAUUCGAAUUUGUUUUCCUUAUUCUUUUCUUCGCUUUUUAUGGACCUCGACGGUGACGUUGCGAUUGCUGCUGCCAAUGGAUUCAACUUAUUCGAUGAAAAUGCACGCAAUGAUGAUCAUGAUUAAGGUUUUUCUAAAAUUCCGAAGAAUCCUCAAAUACUGAUAUCCAAUUAAUUGUAGAAGCAAUCACAAAGAAGGAAGCUCAUCGAAAGUUAAGAAAUGUAACAUUUAAUAAGUAUGAGGUGAAAGUAAAAUUAUGUUACACUAUUGUAGUGCCACUUUAAAAAAAAACUCGACACAGAACGAUCAUUAUUUUCCUUGUUGGAACGACCGCAAACUUUGUGAUUAAUAUUAUACUUGACGAAGUAAAAUUGUAACUAUUAUCCCGAAUGGAAGCUAUUGUAAUAAAAGGAAGCAUAAUACCGUUUGUACAUAAGUUGAAAACCCGAAGGCACGUGGUUAUUUUUUUGUAAAAUAUUCCGUGUAACGAUGUAGCUAAAAAUAUAGUAUCGUUUCCAUUGA